UACAGUGGACAACAAAGCAGCCGAGGUCUUAAGGAGAAUAAGAGCUCUACUAAGAAAUUUUAAAACACUUUAAACAGUUACACGAUUUUCGAAGAACUCUUCCUUUAUUAUAUACCAAAAAUGUCCAACUUCGUUCUGCAAUCCUGUUUAGCAUUGCUUGCUUGCUGCUGUUUGGUCACCGCCAAUUACGUGCCCGGUGUUUCCUAUAUCGACGACGUAGAACUCUCUUACAAAAAUGAUGUUUGGCGGUGUGACCGUAUCGUCUGCCCAGUCGGCACAUACGGCUGCAAAAUCGUGAAGGAAAACGUAGAGGGCCGAGAUGAUAUUAUCAGGCGGUCAAACAGCUGUUACGAUGUGAAUGGGCACUCUGUUGCGCAAUUUUUGCAAACCGAGACCUUGGUAUACCCGAAGACCGUCGAAAUUUAUGUAAACUCAUAUGUGGGCGCCUCAAGUUCGUGGUCUACUGGCUACAAUACAGAAUUCCAAUCGGUGAACGCAACGAUCGACGCCGAUUCAUGGCCCAAGUUGCAGCAGAAGACACGGGAGAACAUUAAGCGUUACGAAGAGAACGUAAUGGGCAAAGAGAACUAAUUACCAAUAAGUGUUUAAUGUAUACAAGUGUGUUAAAUACGAAAUAAAUAUCAAGCAAUCACAAAAU